GUGAAUGGGGUGGGGGUUUGCUGAGAUUCAGAGAAACUGCUGAAACAGUCAGCCUGGGAACACGAGAGAGCGAUGGUGGCGAUACAAAGCAGGAUCCGUUCAGGCCCUGGAUAUGGUGAAGCGGAGACCAGAGAGUGUGCCUAUUACAAUGCCAACUGGGAGCUGGAGAAAACAAACCAGAGUGGGGUGGACCGCUGCGAAGUAGAGAAGGACAAGCGACUGCACUGUUACGCCUCCUGGCGCAAUGCCUCGGGCUCCAUUGAAUUGGUCAAGAAAGGCUGCUGGUUGGACGACUUCAACUGUUACAACAGAAUGGAGUGCGUUGCAACAGAGGAGAAUCCACAUGUGUUUUUCUGCUGCUGUGAGGGGAACUACUGCAACGAUCGAUUCUUCCACUUCCCAGAGUCUGUGCCAGAAGUGGUUUUCGAGCCUCCACCACCGACUCCCUCGCUGCUGAACAUCAUGGUGUACGCACUGCUCCCCAUCACUGGCCUCUCUGUCAUCCUGCUGCUGGCCUUCUGGAUGUAUCGGCACCGCAAGCCGCCCUACGGACACGUGGACAUCAAUGAGGACCUGGGCCUGCCGCCUCCCUCGCCGCUGGUUGGACUGAAGCCGCUGCAGUUACUGGAGAUCAAGGCCAGAGGGCGCUUUGGCUGCGUGUGGAAAGCCCAGAUGAUGAACGAGUAUGUGGCAGUGAAGAUCUUCCCCGUGCAGGAUAAGCAGUCAUGGCAGAACGAACGCGACAUCUACAUAACGCCCGGCAUGAAACAUGAGAACGUGCUGCGAUACAUCGGCUCCGAGAAGCGAGGCACCAACCUGGAGAUGGAGCUCUGGCUCAUCACCUCCUUCCACGAGAGGGGCUCGCUGUGUGACUUUCUGAAGGGGACUGUGAUCAGCUGGAACGAGCUGUGUCACAUCUCGGAGACUAUGUCGCGGGGUCUGGCCUAUCUGCAUGAAGACAUUCCUCGGCACAAAGGGGAAGAAGCAAAGCCCGCUAUAGCCCACAGGGAUUUUAAAAGUAAGAAUGUGCUGGUGAAGACAGACCUGUCUGCGUGUAUAGGUGACUUCGGCCUGGCCGUGAGGUUCGAACCCGGAAAGCCUCCCGGAGAUACACAUGGUCAGGUUGGGACACGGAGAUACAUGGCUCCCGAGGUACUGGAGGGGGCAAUUAACUUCCAGAGAGACGCCUUCCUCAGGAUAGACAUGUAUGCUGUGGGCCUCGUGCUCUGGGAGAUGGUCACAAGAUGUACCGCGGCGGAUGGGCCCAUUGACGAGUACAGUUUGCCGUUUGAGGAGGAGAUUGGGCAGCACCCAACGCUGGAGGACCUGCAGGAUGUGGUGGUCCACAAGAAAAUGAGGCCCAUUCUCAAAGACUGCUGGUACACACACCCGGGUCUCGCCCUGCUUUCCGAGACCAUUGAAGAAUGCUGGGACCAUGAUGCAGAGGCACGCCUCUCAGCGGGCUGUGUGUUGGAACGCAUCUGUCAGACCCGCAGACUGAUCAGCGGCACUACCUCAGACUGCCUGGUGACCAUGGUAACGGCUGUCACUAACGUGGACCUGCCGCCCAAAGAGUCCAGUAUCUGAGCCUUGAGC